GAAGAAGUUUUCCCACCCGGUGCAAACGAGUAACAGCAGGUGACAGCACGUCCCGAGGUUUUCCCCAUGUUCUCCCCUAUUGAUUAUCGUAGAUGGAGGUAAGGUCGUCCCUUGGAAUCAAUACCGCCAUGCGCGAAGGGGAUUCCACCGUUUCCUUCACUGCAACGUGCACAGGAGUGAAUUGUUCUGUCGUAAUUCGUUGUUGAUAAAACUGUCCCGAAAACCCCAGUUUCGUAAUUAAAGUUCCACCGAGAGUUCGCGCGUCCUGUACCCAAAAAAACAAAAAUCGGUAUUAUAUAUUACAUUAUAUUAUAAUAAUCGGUAUCCUGUGCUGACGCGGCACUCAAGGAUUGACAUUCGCCCUUUGGUGUCUCCAAGACUCGACGAAUCGAAUAAUGAAGUUUGCAUUCGUCGCCUAAACCCAAAGAAAUCGCCGAUUCGAUCACCAUCCGGUCCCCAAUCAAUCAACCGGUGUUAUCAAUUGAUAACGAGCGGCUUGAAUCGAAAAAUUCAUCGACAAGAUACAUAUUCAGUGACUUGAGGACAAACGUGAGUCCCAGGUAUUUCUAUGCGGCAGGAGGCUUAAACCGGUUUGAACCUUCAGCCCCUGGCUCACCUUCCGCUGCACGGUGGAGCCAUGAUUGAGCAGGACAUAGCUGGUGCACAGGACACCAUCUAUCUGUGCAAUUUUCGUGUGUCAGUUGAUGGUGAAUGGCUCUGCCUGAAGGAGCUUCAUGACGUUGAGUUCUCCAUGCAGGAAUCAAUGCGAUCGCCGUCGCCACCCCUCACCCUCAGCGGUAUACCAAAUAAUCGUGUACCUCACGAUCGUCAUCAGCAAUCGACUGAGCAAUCAGAGCUUUACGAUAUUCUCCCGCUAAGCCCACCGCCAAUUCAGCACUUUUCGAGCUUGUCUCGCGAUCCGGUGAUAAUCGAGCGCAGCAAUCUCGUUAACAUAUCGAAACUAAUAGUGAAAGAGUUGAUCGAGACAUCGCUCAAGUAUGGGCGCAUGCUCGACUCAGAUCACAUGCCACUCCAGCACUUUUUUAUUGUCCUGGAGCAUGUCCUCAGGCACGGACUUCGACCCAAGAAGGGUCUUCUUGGACCGAAGAAGGAGCUCUGGGAUAUCCUCCAGCUUGUCGAAAAGUACUGCCCUGAGGCGCAAGACAUCACAUCUAGCAUUCGACAUCUGCCCACCGUGAGAACAGCGAUGGGCAGAGCUCGUGCAUGGCUCCGCAUGGCCCUAAUGCAGAAGAAACUCGCGGAUUACCUGAAGGUACUGAUCGAUCAUCGCGAUGAUCUGCUUUCUGAGUACUUCGAGCCCGAUGCCCUCAUGUUAAGUGAAGAGGCUAUCGUCAUCAUGGGACUGCUCGUUGGCCUCAACGUCAUUGACUGCAAUUUCUGCGUCAAGGAGGAAGAUCUCGAUUGUCAACAAGGGGUCAUCGACUUCUCGCUCUACCUCAGGAAUAGCAAUCACAUACCUGGGGAUUCACUGGAUGAGGAGCUGGAGAAUGACAACAUGACGACUGUUCUCGAUCAGAAGAACUACAUCGAGGAAUUGAAUCGUCAUCUCAAUGCUACUGUCACCAACCUCCAGGCGAAGGUGGAGUCACUGACCACUACAAAUGCACUUAUGAAGGAGGAUUUGGCAAUUGCAAGAAAUAAUAACUUGAUACUCCAGGACGAGAAGCGACAACUCAAAAGGGAAUUGGGAAUCGAGGUCAAGGACACUCACGAGAAUGGCAAAGCACCGAUCAAGAUAACCGAGACAACAACGGAAAUCGAGGAACUCAGGUGUAGAUUAGAAAAUGAGAAGAAAUUACGACUCGAGGCUGAGAAGGAGCUGGAACUGCAGAUCAGCAUGAAAUCUGAGAUGGAAGUAGCGAUGAAGCUCUUGGAGAAAGACAUCCACGAGAAGCAGGACACAAUCAUAUCGCUCAGAAGACAACUGGAGGAUAUCAAACUCAUUAAUUUGGAAAUGUACAAAAAAUUACAGGAGUGCGAGAGUUCACUAAAGCACAAAACCGAACUGAUUGCUAAACUGGAGGCUAAGACGACAUCCAUGUCGGAAACGAUUCAAAAAAUGGAUGAAAAAUGCAAAGAGAUUGAUGGUGCGAAGACGGGGGUUGAGGAGCGAGUUCGCCUGUUGGGGGCUGAAGUUGCGGAAAGGGAGGCCAGGGCGAAUGGGGUUGAAAGGGAAUUGAGGGUCGAACGAGAAUGGCGCACUUCCCUCCAAGAAGCUUCAAUAUCCAGUACUGAAAAGAUAUCUCAGCUGCACCAGGAGAUCGACCAAUUGAAACAAGUCAGAGAGAAAUAUUUAGCCCUUCAGGAAGAGCACUACGCCCUCCGUGAAAUCUGCGCGGAACAAGAGCACACACUCGAGGAGUUGGGUGGCCAAUUGAGUGCAGCUAAACUAGCAGCUGUUGAAUUACGCGAAGCAGCUGACAAUGCUCACCAUCAGGCAAAUCAGGAGGGUUCAGCUGCAUGGGCGAAUGAUCGGCAUUUUACCCACUGCAAGGGCUGCACCCGAGAGUUCAACAUAACUCGUCGCAAGCACCAUUGUCGAAAUUGCGGAAAGAUUUUCUGCAAUGCAUGCAGUGACAACACAAUUGCCAUGUCGAAUUCAGCGAAACCAGUGCGAGUGUGCGACGAGUGUCACGUUUUCCUCGUUGGUCGUUACUCGGUUGUGCAAUAAUGACAGGGGCUACUCGGCCCUGCCAAUGUGUCAGUUCCAAGGGAUGAGUGAGAUGAGGUCAAUGAGAGGACAAUACCAUCAAGAUAAAUACGAUUGAACGCCUGAAAAUAGCGACAACUCCAAGAUCCAUUGAAUUUUCUAUUUCAAACACCUGAUAAGUCAGGCAAAAAAAAAUAUUCAUUUAAAGGCUUGCAUUAU